UGUUGGCGCAGCAACAACAGCACCGCCUUUGCGCCCUGGCGUGCAAUAAACCGAACGCACAAGCUGUCAGCUCACGGCACCGGACACAUCAGCGUCCGCUUGUCGCCUUUUCUCACAUUUCGGCUCAGUUAAUCUUAAAAAUAACAUUUUGUCUCCGUCGUCCGUCUUGUGUCACUGUCGCGUUUCUCUCUCACGUACAAUGGCUGACCCCAAAUACGCCAAUUUACCAGGAAUUGCUUUUAACGAGCCAGAUGUCUACGAGACGGGUGACCUGCCGGAAGAUGACCAGGCUCAGUUUGAAUCGGAGGAGCUGUGCAGCGACAGCGUGGAGAGAAUUGUGGUCAACCCAAACGCCGCCUACGACAAGUUCAAGGACAAGCACGUCAACACCAAAGGACUGGACUUCUCCGACAGAAUUAGUAAAAGCAGAAGAGUGGGCUACGAGUCUGGAGAAUUUGAAAUUCUCGGAGAGGGCUGCGGUGUCAAGGAGACACCCCAGCAGAAAUAUCAACGGCUGGUGAACGAGAUCCAGGAGCUCUGUCAGGAGGUGGACACCAUCCAGGCCAUCACAAAGGAAAGCAACGCGGAGGAGCGGCUGACCCCGGUCGUCCUCGCGCAGCAGGCGGCCCAGCUCAAGCAGCAUCUGGUUUCGGCUCACCUUGACUCGCUGCUGGGACCGCAGGCGCACAUCAACCUGGCGGAUCCGGACGGAGCGCUGGCCAGGCGGCUGCUCACGCAGCUCGAGGCGGCCAAGGGCAGUCGCAGCUGCUCCGCGGGAGACGGCAAGGCGCCGGCGUCGGCCAAGGCCCCGGACGGAGUGGUCCUGUACGAGCUGCACAGCAGACCCGAGCAGGAGAAGUUCAAGGAGUCUGCCAAGAUGGCAGAAUUGGAGAAGCGUCUGGCCGACCUGGAGAUGGCUGUCGGCUCGGCAUCAGACAAGCAGGGUCCUCUGAGCGCCGGCAUGCAAGGAGUCAGUCUGACGGAUACAUUGGAACUCCUCCAGGCCAGGGUCAGCGCGCUGGACUCGGCUACUUUGGACCAGGUGGAGGCCAGGCUGCAGAGCGUGCUCGGGAAGAUGAACGAGAUCGCCAAACACAAAACGGCCAUCGAGGACGCCGACGCACAAAACAAGCUGUCGCAGCUGUACGACACGGUGCAGAAGUGGGAGGCCGUGUCCACCUCGGUGCCUCAGGUGGUCCAGAGGCUGGUCACGGUCAAGGAGCUGCACGAGCAAGCGAUGCAGUUUGGUCAACUGCUCACACAUCUGGACACCACUCAGCAGAUGAUCAACAACUCUCUGAAGGACAACAACACCCUGCUGACACAGGUCCAGAUGACGAUGAAGGAAAACCUGGCGGCCAUCGAGGAGAACUUCGCCACGCUCGACCAGCGGAUGAAAAAGGUGUCCAAGUAAAGCUGGCCACAAAAAAAAGAGAGAAAAGAAAAGAAAACAUCCUUUGGGUGUCAACAUGGACAAACGAGAGUCCAACUGACUCUUCUGCCCCCCCCCCCCUUGCUCUCUUCCUCCACCUAUGCCUUCUUCACCUUCUUCUUGGAAUGUCGGGAAAGAUUUGAUCAGGCUAAAUUGAAGUCAAUGCUGGGAUUUUAUGAUGAUUUAGUUGAACUGACGAUUCAAGAUGGAGGCCGGAUUUCCACUGAACUAUACACUCAUCUGUUAAAUGGCUCACGGAAAUGUUCAGAGAUCAGGAAGAAAAAAAAUAAAUAAAUGCGGCGUUCCAGUAGGAAAAAUGUGUAAAUAUGACCUUUGUUUGCUUGAGCUCAGUCGCUUUAUUUGUAUUUAUGACUGGGACACACCACACACACACACACACACGUUUAAUCCGCUUUGCCAUUGCCUACAGUUCAAAUGUAUGAUGGUCACGGAAUAUGAUCAAUAAAAGAGAUUGACUC